AUGCACCUUGCAGUUGGCCGGAACACCUCACGCGAAGUCUGGCUCUCCCUCACGUCGGCGCUGGCAUCCACGACACACGCCCGAUGUCUUAGUCUGCUUGGUCAGUUCCAGACCUUACGGCAAGGCAACAGUACUACGGCAGAGUACCUGGGGAAGGCACAAUUGAUUGUUGAGGCUCUCUCCCUCGCCAGCUGGCCGUUAUCCUUGGACGAGCAAAUCCUAUAUGUUCUCCGGGGUCUUCAGCCGGAGUUCCGUUCAAUGGCCUCACUAUCACAGGCGCAGAAGUUCAUCCAUUCAGACGACUUCCCGACGAUGGACAAUCCAGGCGCAAUUGGGAACCCGACGGCGUUCUUCGCUGGUCCCGGCAAGCAGCAUGGCGGCGAUCCACAUUUCGGCAGACGACAUUCCUCGAACGGUAAUCAAGGUCGCAGCAGAGGCCGUGGGAGAGGCGAUCAAGGCCGCGGUCGCGGCGGCACUCCACGGUGUCAAAUAUGUCGGAGUCACGGGCACACCGCCGUGUACUGCUACAAGCAGUACGCCGACCGUCCUUCCCCGAACGCCAACAUGGCAGUUUCCGGCGACGCAGUUGCAGAUGUACUGGCCGACGCCUGGUUUUCGGAUACAGGAGCCUCAGCUCACACUACGCCCGACGAACACAUGAUGACUGACUCGGAUGCCUACACCGGCGGUGAUGUUCUUAAAGUCGGCAACGGCGCAUGUUUGGAUGUAUCCCGUGUUGGUCAUGCAAUUAUCCCAUCCGAGUCUAAAUUCUUAAAUAUGUCUAAUGUAUUACACGUCCCAAAGUUGUCGUUACCCCUAUUGUUGGUUCACCGAUUUACUAACGAAAAUAAUGUCUACUUUGAAUUUCAUAAAAACUUGUUUGUUGUGAAGGACUCCAUCACCAAGGCGUUUCAUCUUAAAGGAUCCACUACGGGUGGCUUGUACAAAUUGUUGGUGCCACGGUCCCACUUUUCUUUUCUCACCGCAAGGGCGUCCCCCACAGUAUGA